AUGCCCGUCUCGCCUCGCCCGAGACCAUCCGUGACGUCUGGGGAAUAUGGCGAGACGAAUCCGGUCGUUAGCAGUGCUGAGAUUGCCUUGGAGGCAACUUCGCUUGUCACCAUCAACCCAGCCGGGGUUUCGGCUGCUGCUCGUUAUAUCAGGAACUCGAUGCGCGAGGCUCAAUACACGCCACGCACCUGGCGCACGCACCCACUCCACAUGCUGCCUCCGGACAACGGCACGCUCGAGGGCGCGGAACCGAUCCUAAACUGGGUAUUUCUCGUGUCAGCGCUGAACUUCUCCUUUUGGUCGGAGUUGGACGAGUCGGAGCGUUAUGCUGUUGAUUGGCGAGCUGGCUGGUCAUCCAACGAGCGCACGCGAUGGACAGGCUAUUGGUGUCUAGUUGCCGCGAUUGACAGAGCUUUGGACGAGGGUAUACCAAUCACCGAUCCUUCCUUCUACGCUUCGCCUGAACGCUGUUCGGACGAACUGAUCCGACACGUUUUCCGUGCUGCGUCAGACUCGAAGGAGGAGAUGCCUUUGCUCAAAGAACGCAUCCAAAUUCUACGCGAGGUUGGAAGCUUACUCGCAAAAAACUACCAGGGCUCUUUCUUGACGUUCGCACACUCUAUUGACGCGCCUGGUGGCCUCACACCGUUGAAACUUUCUCAAGCCGUCGCUUCUACUUUUCCUUCCUUCCGCGACGAGAGCACACUGCCGAGCGUCAGCCGCCCCAUUAAACUAUGGAAACGCGCCCAAAUACUAAGCGCAGAAGCAUGGGCGGCGUUCUAUCCCCGGGAUCCAACGACUACUGCUCACCCACUCUUUCCGGGCGGAGGGGCGGAAUCGCUAACGAUGUUCGCGGACUACCGGGUACCCCAGAUCCUUCACCACCUUGGCUUGCUGAUCUAUCCGCGUGAUCUUAUCGAGAAACUGGAUGGUCUUGUGAUGCUCGAACACGGGUGCAGGGAAGAGGUCAGCAUUCGUGCGAGUAGUAUCAUCGCGGUUGAACGUGUCGCGGAAGAGAUGCGUAGGCUACAACAAAAGGAGGGUACUGGUAACGGCGGAGUCCUGUCACAAGUGCAGACGUGCAGUGUCUUAAUUGACUUCUACCUCUGGGACCUUGCCAAGCACAUCGAGAGCGGAGAACAGGGUAUCGAGGGUCUGUCAACGCAACGUCUACUACCCCCACAUCGCACGAGAAGCAUCUGGUAUUGA